AUGCGAGCGGAUCGAAACAAUCAACAACUACAAAAUGUGGAAGAUCCAAUUAGAAAUAUAACACGUCAAGCUGAACGGUUUGCUGAGACGCGAUAUCCAUUCUCUCCUUUCGUAAUCCAUUUCAAGAAACAUAUUAAUGAGAAACAAGUUAUCACCGAAUUAAUAAAACAUGUCAAAGAUGAACUAAAGUCAGAUCUUGAAAUUGCUGGAUAUCGAAAAACAACAACAAAUAGUCAAAGUGAUGAAUGUAAUGUACUUGUGUUUGUGGAAUCAACUGCAUCAUUUGAAACUUUAUUUAAACGUGAAAAGUGGCCGAACAGUCUGGUAAACGAAAACUACGAAGUGAAAAUACCGACAAUUCCCCCACAACUGUCGGUAGUAAUCCAAAACAGAAAAUUAGCAAUGUAG